UGGUAGGCAGCAUCACAGGCUGGAAGUGUUUGGUUUGAUGAAAUCAGGAAGUUGACGUUUUUCCUUUGCAAUCCGUGCUUGUGAGUGUUCCUUCGGCUAUUUUGUCUUCGGUUAAACUUUCACUUGUGGAUGUACCGAAGUUUAGCCUGUUCAAUGCUUUAGAAGCGCAAAAUCAGUACCAUUCGACAGUGCUUGAACACUGCGGACAAUGCGCCCAUCUCUGACCAGUGUCUUCCACCACACCAGUGACUCAGACUGGGACCAGUCCCACUGACCACCACCACCCUGUGCUGGUGCUAGUUCAGUCCUGCCCUGCUGUGGAGGAGGAGGCAUGUCCUACUGGUCAGUCGGCCUCUCCAAGGCCACUGGAGACACACAGAGCAACAACAUGGAGGAACAAGAGAAACACGAUCUUGAACAAGAUGGUUCUUUGGCAGUGGAGGACAUGGGAGCCAAGGCGUCUGCGAUGGGCAGCGGUGGGGCCUCCUCUCUGGGUCCGUCUCCAACCCUGGAGAACAUCCAGGCAGCGUACGGAGAAGGGGAGAGCAGCAGGGCCCGGGAGCUGAUCCAGCAAGCCUGCUGUGUGGAGUGUAGUGCAGCUAGUCCUCGGCUGGAGGGGCUGCGUCUCCUGUGUGUGGCCACCCAGCAUGGUGAUGAGGAGAGCGUGAGUUACCUCCUCCAUGAGGCCCAUGUGCCCCUGCCCCUGGAGCCAUCGGAGGGGAACCCCGCCAUCCUGGCUGCACACUAUGGACAUGUCAGCCUGGUCAGAGAGCUGCUCGACUCAGUACCAGGUCCGUGUGUCCACAGAGAUCUGUUGAACUGGAUGUUGGUGUCGGCGUGCCAACAGGGUCACCUGGAGGUGGUUAGAAUGUUGGUACAGGGUUACCAUGCUGACGCUGAGGACUGUGCCAUUCACCAGGAGGAGUUUGCUGUCAUCACGGGGCUGCCUCUCUACGCUGCUGCACGCGCAGGUAAUGAGGAGAUAGCUAGAUUCCUGCUGCAGAAUGGCGCUGGGCUGUCCUCCUACACCCUGAUGGAUUAUCCAGCCUUCAGCAGACUGCUCGUUGAACAACGACUGGUAGAAGAAGCAGACACACACACAGAACCAGCGGGAGAAAAGCUACUAUGUGGCCGUUGGUCAGGUCUGAAGCUGCCGUGGUUGGAGCUGGACUGGUUCAUGGACGUGUCGUCCCGUAUCUCCCACCUGGACCUGUCCUGUAACAGCCUCAGCUCCCUGCCCUCCGUGGUUCCCUGGGGGCUCAUACAGCUCCGGACCCUAGACCUCUCCAACAACCUGUUCAAAGAGCUGCACACAGCACCGAGCUCACAGGAGAUCAUCUGCUCCAGACUUCGCCAGGUGAAUCUGUCUCAGAAUGAGUUGACCAGCUUGCCGUCCGGACUGCUCCAUCUCACCAGAGUCCAGAGGCUCUCUGCUGCUAAGAACAAGCUCACCUCCCUGUUUGACAUUCCUAAUGGUACUAACUGGAUAGGUCUGCGUAAGCUGGAGGAGCUGGAUGUGUCUGACAACUGUCUGACCAGUCUUCCCUCUGCUGUUCUUCACUCUUUCAAAUCCCUCACUUCCCUCAAAGUCUGCCGGAACAGACUCACCAGCUUCCCUGACCCCUGGGCCUGCCCUCUGAAGCACUGUCGAGCCUCAUCCAACGCCAUCGAGAGUCUUCCCAAUACCAUCUCCAUCUUCUGGAGAACUCAGCUGCAGGAGCUGGAUUUCUCAGACAACGUCAUCAAGGAGCUGCCCUCCUAUAUAUUCGAGCUGGAGGCCCUGGUCUCUCUCAGACUGUGUAGGAAUCAGAUCUCCACUCUCCCGGCACCCAACAAGUGGAAAUGCUCUCUGCUCAGAACCCUUGACCUCUCCAGGAACCAUCUGGGCAAGACUGAGGAGGGACCCAAAACCAGGAAGCUGGCCUUCCUGACCACAUGGCACCGGAGAGACCCGGACCCAGUAUGCCCAAUCGAGUUUCCAGUAAUUUUGCGGGAUGCUUUGGAAGUGCUUUCCUUGAACGACAACCAGCUGGAGUGUGUGCCCCAGUCCGUGUGUGGCCUGAGAAACCUCAUGGAGCUCUACCUCUCCAAUAAUCCAGGUAUUCGGGAGCUUCCAGCUGAGUUGGGGCAGCUCUCUAACCUGUGGCAGUUGGACAUUGAGGACCUCAACAUCACUAAUGUUCCCCAGGACAUUAGGAAAGAAGGUCCAGCAUCAGUGCUGUCCUUCCUCCGAGCCCACCUACGGAAGGCGGAGCCCUGUAAGCUGCUGAAGCUUCUUGUGAUUGGUCCUCCUCGACAGGGAAAGACAGCCCUCCUGGAGGCGUUGCAGACGGGCAGGACCUCCCCUUUCUCCCCUGCAGAACGAAACAUCAGCACAGCUACAUGGGAACUGGACAGACCCAAUGGGGUUAAAGCUAGCGCGGACUCCGUGGCGUUCAACGUGUGGGACAUCGGCGGUCCGGCCAACAUGUCCACGGUCAACCAGUGUUUCUUCACGGACAAGGCCCUGUACGUCGUCAUAUGGAACCUAGCUCUGGGAGAGGAGGCUGUAGCCAGUCUACAGUCCUGGCUGCUUAACAUUGAGGCGCGUGCCCCUAACUCUGCAGUGGUGGUGGUGGGCACCCACCUGGACCUGAUCGACACCAAGUUCCGUACAGAGCGGGUGGCCACUCUGAGGGCCUACAUCCUGGCACUAUGCAGGUCUCCAUCAGGUGCCAGGGCCAGUGGCUACCCAGACAUCACCUGGAAACACCUGCAUGAGGUAUCGUGUAAGACCCAGGAGGGUCUGGAUGGUCUGAAGAGGUUGAUCUUCCAGGUGGCCUGCUACAUGAAGGACAACAGCAGCAGUUCAGCUAGCGGACACAAGCUGCUGGGCAGACUGAUCCCAAAGAGCUACCUUACACUGCAGCAAGCGGUGCUAGAUGAGCGGGGUCGGCGGGACGCAGAAGACGAGGUCCAGUACCUGACAGACGCACAGCUGGACCUCGUCAUAGAGCAGAACCCAGGAAGUGACAUCAGAGACUACGAGGACCUGCAGACCGCCAUCAGCUUCCUGAUCGAGACAGGCACCAUCCUCCACUUCCCAGACACCAGUCACGGCCUGUGUACCCUCUACUUCCUCUGUCCCGUGUGGCUGUCGGACUGUCUGGAACGGAUCAUCCACCUGAAGAGCUCCCGAUCGGUGGCCUGGAACGGGGUGAUCCGAGCGGAGGAUCUGCGCAUGCUCCUGGUGGGAACGGGCUUCACCCAGCAGACGGAGGAGCAGUACUUCCAGUUUCUGGCCAAGUUUGAGAUUGCUCUGCCUGUGGCCAGCGAUAGUUACCUCCUCCCCCACCUCCUUCCUCCUAAGCCUGCUAUGGACAUUCAUGGUUUCCGUCAAGAGACCGCCAACUCCAUCCAGCGCCUCUUCAAGAUGAGCUUCGUGCCGGCGGGCUUCUGGGAACGCUUCAUCGCCCGCAUGCUCAUCAGCCUCAACGAGAUGGACCUCCAGUCCUUUGAGCCUAAGAGGAAUGCUAAGAGUGAGCGGAGGAGGACCACGGUGAUCUACAGUUUUGCGGGAACAGGUAGCCAACAGAGGCACCGCUGUAGCACCUUCAGAGUCCGCCGCAGUCAAACCAUCUACUGGAGAGAGGGACUACUGGUCACCUUUGAUGGAGGGUAUCUAAGUGUGGAAUCGACUGAUGUCAACUGGAAGAGGAAGAAAAGCGGGGGCAUCAAGAUCAUUUGCCAAUCAGAGACCAGGGAUUUUUCAGCCAUGGCCUUCAUUACGGACCAUGUCAAUUCCCUCAUCGAACAGUGGUUCCCUGCCUUGACGGCCAGUGAGAGUGAUGGGACCCGAUUGAUUGAGCAGUACGCCCCCUGUCCCCAGUGUUCCUCCAUGAGCAGACAGAACCAGGGGCCUGGGGAUCUGGGUGAACCCCCAACCAGGGGGACUGCAGUUGGGAGAAGAGGAGGAGAAGGCAGAGAAAAAGGGGGAGGAAGAGGAGGGCACUUCUUCAACAUGGAGGACUGUGUGAUCGCUGCCAUGGGCCAGGAGUACAUAGUGUGUCCCCAGCACACCAACCAGCCUGUGCCCCUUCAGGAGCUGGUCCCAGAGCUUUUCAUGACCGACUUCCCCUCACGGUUGUUCCUAGAGAAGGCCCAGUUGGAGUGUAGUGAGGAGGAGAGUGAUAUCCUGGGCCAGGGGGGCAGUGGAACUAUCAUCUAUAGAGCCUGUUACCGUGGCCAACCAGUCGCCAUCAAACGCUUUCACUUCAAGAAGUGCAGGCAGCAGACCAUCAGCAGUGGUACAGACACCAUGAUGAAGCAUUUUCAGUCCAUGGACGCGUGCCGGAGCUUCUCAGAGUUCCGUCAGGAGACCAGCAUGCUCCACUCCCUACAGCACCCGUGCAUCGUGCUGCUGGUGGGAAUCAGUAUUCACCCGCUCUGCUUCGCCCUGCAGCUGGCUCCCCUGGGCAGCCUCAACAUUGUGCUGGAGGACAGACAUAAAGGCUCCAGGUACAUGCCCCUGGGUCACAUGCUCACCUUCAAGGCAGCCUAUCAGAUUGCAGCGGGCCUGGCCUACCUGCACAGGAAGAACAUCAUCUUCUGUGACCUCAAGUCAGACAACAUCCUGGUGUGGUCCCUGGAGGUGUGUGACCCGGUGAAUAUCAAGCUGUCAGACUACGGCAUCUCGCGCCAGUCCUUCCACGAGGGGGCACUGGGUGUGGAGGGCACGCCGGGCUACCAGGCCCCCGAGAUACGCCCAGGCAUCGUUUAUGAUGAGAAGGUGGAUAUGUUCUCGUAUGGGAUGGUUGUGUAUGAGUUGCUGUCAGGUUGUAGGCCUGCGUUGGGCCAGCACCAGCUCCAGAUAGCUAAGAAGCUGUCUAAAGGGAUCCGUCCCACCCUGGGAAACCCAGAGGAAGUCCAGUUCCACUGUCUGCAUGGCCUGAUGAUCGAGUGCUGGGACACUAAGCCUGAGAAGAGGCCCCUGGCCAUGCAGUGUGUGAGGCAGAUGCAGGAGCCCAGUUUCCCAUGUCUGAAGUACCUGCUGGCCUGUGACACACACUCCCAGCUCUUCCUGUCCCACUUGCAGGGACACAGUGCUGUGUUCUGGGACGGGGACAAGGACGACAGGAACUACAGUGUGGUGAACGUAGAGACGGGUCAUGUAGAGGUGAAGAGGAUGCCGUGUCCAGGAACCAGGCUGAGCUGUCAGAUGAAGAUGGAUAACACCUUAUGGACCGCCACAGAGGAGCAGGAAGUGUUCAUCUACAGUCUAAAGGAGAUGUGUCCACUGAGCCAGCCCCAGAAACAGAUCUCCUGUCCUGCUAUAGUCACCUGUCUGUUCCCCGUGCCUGCCAGAGACCAGACCCAGGCGUGUGUCUUCAUGGGGAUGUCAGACGGUCUGGUGGCAGUGUACUCCCUAAUGGAUGACAUGCCUGUGGAAGGAGAGACCUACCUGUGUUCUCACACCCUCAAUAUGACCAUGUUUGGGAUGGAGGACUCUGACCCCAGACAGAGACCAUACCCAGUCAGGAGCAUGGUCCUGGUCCACAGUGGAUCCCAGCUGUGGUACUCCCAUGGUCCAGGCCUGCUGGUGAUCGACUGCCGGACCCUCCAGGCGGUGCAUCGUCUGGACCCCUACGACCCACCAUCCUCCAUACAGGCCCUGGCCUCCAGCCCCUGUCUGUGGGGGGAUGAGGCGGUGUGGACCCUGGACGACCACACCAACACCCUGCAGCUGUACCACGCUGCCACCUACCAGCUCUGUGCCACAUACAGCUGUGGAGAUGCCAACCCUCUCCGGGACGUGUUCACUGUACAGCGACCUGCAGGGGUUACCAUGGCUACUAGUCCUGACCUUGACUCAAAGAGGAAGAGUCUAGAUGAGGAGGAGGAGGAAUGUCCUAACGACAAAGUGACGCUGAUCUACUGCGAGGAGGCGGGAACUCAGAUCAUCCAGCACCAGGAUUCGCUGACGGACUACUGCUCCAUCUCCUCUGACUCCACCCCUUCACUGGGAUUUGACCGAUCCGGCCCCUUGUCAGAGCCGCUGGGAUUGGACAGAUCCAGUUCCUGCGCGCUCAGCUCAUUGGCUAGUUCCAGCAGUAUGCCUUUUUCCACUGAGGAGGAAGAGAGGCCUCAGGACCAACCAGACAACCCUGACCCUGUGGUGAACUCUGACCCCACCACAACCUUUACCACCACUCCCCCCACCUGCAGGCCCUCACUGUGCUGGCUGUCAAUGGAACCCUUUGGAUCCCCAGGAAAAGGCUUUUUAGAAAAGGCCCAAAUGGCCCAGUCUGGAUCCAGGAGUGGUGGUGACGUGAUGGUGAUCGAGAUCCAGCGGCAGACAGGACAGCUCAGGGGGCGUGUCAUCGCUGUGCUCUGCCCCCCCGGAACUUCCUCUUACGGGACCCUGGAGGAGGCCGCACUGGUGGCAAAGGACACGGUUGUGUGUGGCUUUCGCAACGAAAAUAGGGCCUGGUGCCUGUGUGUCUGGCGGGGCUGGGGCCCCCGUGAGCUAGAGGUCUUCUACCAGUCCUAUGAGGAGCUGGGGAGGCUGGAGACCAGCAUGAGGAAAAGAAGGUAGCCGUUGUACGGCACCGGCCGUGGUGUCCCAGGCAGAGGCUAGCAGUCACAGAAUCAUAGCUCUCUGUCUGUCUCUCUGUGUGAGAGAGAGAGAGAGAGAGAGAACACAUUCACAGGCCCCCAGUGUUCAGAGCAGGGGGCCGGAGCUCUGACAUCAGAGUGACAAGGAGGGGUGAGGGAGAUGGUGAAGCAAAAGAGAGGACAAGAGAGAUUGGGAUAUGUUGAGAGGAGACUCGGGGAAGGGGCGGGGGCUCAUCCUGUUAUAGCUUGGGCCCAAACCCCCAUGGACUAGGUCAAAACCCCCUGUGUGCCCCCAACACACCCCACACUUCCCCCUCUGGAGCACCACUAAGAUGGAUUGACUACCAGUUAAACCUGAGCCUGAAGAUAGAAGGGACUAGGGUUGCAAUUUUCCGGUAACUACCAAAAAUGCCAGGUUUUCCAGAAAUCCAGUUGGAAGACUCCUGAAAUCAGGAUUAAGCAGGAAAACCAGAAUCUACCAACCAGGAUUUCUGGAAAACCUGGGGAUUUUGGGAAGGUUACUGGAGUUCUGCAACCAUAAAACAGAUGGUAGGACAAAACGGGCCGUAAAGACACGUGUCCCAGAUCUACUGAACACAGAGUGUACUCACUUCACAGGACAGUGGAACGUAACACUCAACUGAGUUGUGUGUGUGUGUGAGAUAUAUGAGUAAACAACACCGUAAGCAGUUCUGUUUCCUCAUGGGGCGGCAGGGUAGCCUAGUGGUUAGAGCUUUGGACUAGUAACCGAAAGGUUGCAAGUUCAAAUCCCCGAGCUGACAAGGUAUAAAUCUGUCGUUCUGCCCCUGAACAGGCAGUUAACCCACUGUUCCUAGGCCGUCAUUGAAAAUAAGAAUUUGUUCUUAACUGACUUGCCUAGUUAAAUAAAGGUUAAAAAAUAAAUAAAAUAAGCCAUCUCCCAAUAGACCAAGGACACAGCAGAAAGGACUCACCCCUGCCCUGCAGUAUAGAGACUGGGACUGUCUCUAAACCAAUGACACUCUCCUAUACCAAUCUCUCACACUAGCUCAGAUAGACAUUAGAUGAAGGGUUUCUGCUGCUGGGCUAAACUCUGACUUGUGCAUUUAACAAGUAACAAGACUGUAGACAGAAGUCAGGGUGUAAGCAAUAUGGGGAGAGAGGUAGGGGGUAGGUAAGUUCUCCUUCGGUUUGAUGCCCUUCAGUUUUACUUCCAGUGUUGGCGCUUGAAGUUGCCAAGUACUACAUUGUGUAUUGAGGCUGCAUCCCAAAUGGCACCCUGUUCCCUACAUAGUGCACUAUGGGCCCUGGCCAAAAGUAGUGCACUGAGUAGGGUUCCAUUUGGGACAUCCAGUGUGUUGAUACCAACAUGGGAGGGUUUCCUAACUUCACUGCUGUGUCAGGAAGGUGGUGUUCAUUUAUGGUGUAAUAUGUUCAAAUCCUCUUCAGUGUAAAUAUACUGUAUUGUGUAUAUACUGUACGACCAUGAAUAAACUUCUUCUAAUAGUAGAA